UCUGAGAUAUAUAACGUCGCUGUUCGUCAGCCUGUAUCUCUCUGUUAAAUGGGAGAAGAGGUAGACUACAAUUAAGAGCAUUAGCGGUCUUAUCUUACUGAAAUUGCAUCCUCUACAUCAACCCCCCCUUCAAGAAAAGGGUCCCAUCUGUAAAAGCAUGAAAAUGCAUCCUCCUGGGUUACUGUUUUCUUUCUUAUCAGCAUGGUUCAUUUCCACAGUUCAAGGGCAGAGUCAGAAGUUAAAAUCCAUGCAUUGCAAUGUCAAGACGAUGUUCACCUUGGCUACACCUUGCACCUCCUGUGCUGUGGCCACCAAAGUGGUGUGUCCAAAAGGGUGGAUAAAGAUGACCCAUGCGCUAGGAGAGAGAGGCUGCAGAUACACAGUAAAUCUUGGAGAAGACACCCUUUCCCUACUAGGGUGCAGUCACAUGUGUAAGAAGGAAAUUGAGGAGAAAAAAUGCUGCCCGGGAUUCUGGGGUACUGAGUGCUAUGAAUGCCCUGGUGGACCUGAAAAGCCCUGCAGUGGCCAUGGGACCUGUUUGGAUGGUAUAACUCGGAAUGGAACCUGCACCUGUGAGGGGAGGUAUGGUGGCUUUGCCUGCCAAGAUUGUCUGGAUGAGAAUCUGUUUGGCCCUGACUGUCAAUCAGUGUGUGACUGUCAGCAUGGAGUGUGCAACCACGGGAUCUCUGGUGAUGGAAGCUGUACCUGCCAUGGAGGUUACACUGGCCCGAAGUGCGAUCAAGAACUUCCCCUUUGCAGAGGUGUAGCCUGCGGGAACAAGGCCCAGUGUGUGCUGAUGAACGGAAUGGCAAUAUGUGACUGCAUGCCAGGCUAUAGAAAGAGUGGGAGCAUAUGCCAAGCUCAGGAUCCUUGUACUUCAUCACCGUGCUCCUCGUUAGCUGUCUGUAAGGCUCUCAGUCCAGAAAAAUAUGAAUGCACGUGCAAAGAUGGUUAUCAUGGAGAUGGGAAGAUAUGCCAACCCAUCAAUCCAUGCAUUAUCAAUAAUGGAGGCUGCCCUGAAAAUACCACCAUCUGUAUCUAUAAAGGUCCAGGAAAGUCGUCAUGUGUGUGUAAGCCUGGAAUGAGUGGCCUGAACCCUUCAGUGGGCUGCUCAUCUGUCAAUGAGUGUCAGCGGUACUUCUGUGACGCGAGUUCAAAAUGUAAAAUGAGUCCAGAUGGGACUGCCAGCUGUGUCUGCAAAGAUGGAGAGAUUGGAGAUGGGAGAAGUUGCUACAAAAAUCUCAUGAGUGAAAUCUCUCAGAUGAAUACUCGAGGAAGAUGGUACAAGAACUUAGACAGUGCAAACAAAAUGUUUGCUUCAGGGUGUUCUUUGGCACUGACAAAAUAUGGGCCUUUCACUGUCUUUGUGCCAAGCCGUCAACUGUAUAGUGAUAGAACUGACUUCAACGACACAAUCGCCCAGCAUUUAUGCAAAAUGCAUAUAAUUCCUGGUCAGCAUUUGGUGGAAGAUAUGAUCAAGACCAAGACACUGUGGACGUUGUCUGGGCAUCAGCUGACAUUUAAUGAUCGGAUACAGUCCUACACCAAGAGCUUUAGGUAUCAAGACCUGCCAGGGGAAUUGUAUACUGUCAUUCAGUCGAACAUGCCAGCAUCCAAUGGAAUUAUACAUAUUGUUAACACUCUAAGGAAAACAACCAGCUUUCGCAACCUUGGAAAUCCACAGAAAACCAUUGGGGAGAUCCUUGCUUCAAUGGAGAUCUUCAGUCGAUUUGAAACUAUCCUGGAGAACUGUGGCCUGCCUUCGAUACUAGAUGGACCAGGACCCUUCACUGUGUUUGUGCCAAGCAACAAUGGAGUGGAUAAGUUAAGAGAUGGGAGACUUAUUUAUCUUUUUACAGAGGGGAUAAAUAAGCUUCAGGAGCUUGUGAAACAUCACAUCUACACUGGAGCAGCGGUGACUGCAGAGAAGCUGAUAACAAUGCCACAGAUUAUAACCAUGGCAAACCAGAUACUUACCAUCAAUAUCACUGAGAAUGGGAGAAUUCUUUUGGAUGAUUCUGGGAUUCCUUUAAACAAGAGGGACAUUGUGGCAUCAAAUGGUAUCAUUCAUACCUUGGAUGGCAUCUUCAUUCCUCCUUCAAUAAUCCCCAUUCUGCCUCAGAGGUGCAAUGAAGAACAGCACAAAAUCAUAGCAGGCUCUUGUGUUGAUUGUGGGGCCAUGAACACCAGCGUUUGCCCUCCUCACAGCACAAAAAUGGCUCAGGAGGUCUAUCCAAGUGAAUGUGUCUACGUCCAUGAUCCAUUAGGCUUGAAUGUCCUGAAGAAGGGCUGUGCCCGGUACUGCAAUCAAACCAUUCUGAAACCUGGGUGUUGCAAAGGAUUCUUUGGUCCUGACUGCACGCCAUGCCCUGGUGGAUUCUCCAAUCCAUGCUAUGGCAGAGGGAAUUGUAGUGAUGGAAUGCAAGGGAACGGCAACUGUCUCUGCUUUGAGGGUUUCAAAGGAAUAGCCUGCCACAUCUGCUCAAACCCAAACAAGCAUGGGGAGAACUGUGAUGAAGAUUGCGGUUGCAUCCAUGGAAUUUGUGAUAACAGGCCGGGCAGCAAGGGAAAGUGCCAGUCCCGUUCAUGUAAGGAUGGCUAUACAGGAGAAUUCUGUGACAGGACUUCUCAGAACUGUGGCCCGACUGCAUCUCAGUAUUGUCACCGGAACGCAGUCUGCAGUCUCAACAACACAGCAAGGUGCAUCUGUACUGAUGGCUAUGAAGGGGAUGGAUUUUCCUGCCUGCCCAUUGAUCUUUGUAAGAAGCCGGAACGAGGAGGCUGUUCAGAAAAUGCCAUAUGUACCAGUACAGGCCCUGGUACUGCUACCUGUCAGUGUAACAAGGGCUGGACUGGGGAUGGAAAAGCCUGUGUUGCUAUAGAUAACUGUGUUCUGGAGACAAGAGGGGACUGCCACAUGAAUGCAGACUGCAGCUUUGUUGGACCUGGACAGAGCAAGUGUAUGUGCAAGAGUGGCUAUGCUGGUGAUGGCUAUAACUGUGAAUCCAUUAAUCCUUGCAAGCUGGACAAUGGUGGUUGCCAUGAUUUGGCUGUGUGCGAGCCUCUUGGAGGAGGGGACCGGUCCUGUGCUUGUGCUCCAGGUUACAUGGGAGAUGGACUUACAUGUUAUGGAGAUGUAUUAAAGGAGCUGGCCAGGAAUUCCCACUUUGCAGGCUUCUAUGAGUGGAUUAAGAAGUCUCUCUUCAGCAUCCCAGCAGGAGUCAGUGUCACUGUUUUGGUGCCCACCGAAGCCGCCAUCAAAAACCUGAGCCAGGCUGAAAAAGAUUUCUGGCUGAAGCCCUACACGCUGCCAUUUUUAGUCAGGUCCCAUUUUCUCCAAGGUUCCUUCACUAGUGAGCAUCUUAAAGAGCACAAGGGUGAGGAGUUACCCACUCUCAAUCCACGGACCAGAUGGGAGAUAACCAACAGCAGCGGCGCUAUAACGAUUCAGAAUGCAGUCAUUGUAGUAGCUGACAUUCCUGCUAUUAACGGCACUAUUUAUAUCCUAAAUAAGGUUUUGUUACCACCUUUAGGAGAUAUCCCACCAAGUCGCCCCGGUCUGCAGCAACAGCUUGAUAUGGUCCCCGCAUUUACUCUGUUCAAGGAGUUGUUACUGCAAUACCAGUUGAUUGGAAGUAUUGAGUCCUCUGAAAAAUAUACCAUUUUUGUCCCAGGAAACAAUUCAAUUGGGGAAUAUUGCCACUCUUCCAACAUUACCCAACUGGAUAAUGACACUGUGCAGUACCAUGUUGUACUUGGAGAGAAGCUCUCCUCUACAGACUUGAAAAAUGGAGUCCAUAAAAGCACAAUGUUAGGAGUCUCCUACUGGCUAAUGUUUUAUAAAAACAACAACCAGACAUUUGUAAACAGUGUCCGCUUAGACGGUAAAUUUUUCGAAACCAAGAAUGGGAUGUUGAUUGGGGUUUCUGGGGUUCUACAGAUUCAGAAAAAUCGUUGCACUGCCAAUACCACAGUGAUUCAGAAGUCGAGGUGCGCUAAGUGUGACAGGGGGAUAAAGUGUCCUUCCGGAUCGGUCCUGGCUGAAACUCCAGGAGAUGGGAAGAUGCCACACUGUUUAUAUAAACUUGGAGUUUCAAAAGUAGUUGGUUGUUAUUUCACCUGUGUUAAAGUUUCUUUAGUCUCUAUCUGCUGUCCAGGUUACUAUGGACAUAUGUGUGAGAUGUGCCCAGGGAAGCCAGGCAGCUCGUGUUCAGGGAAUGGAGUGUGCCAGGAUGGCAUUACUGGCAGCGGGGAGUGUCGCUGUCAUGAAGGCUUCCACGGCACAGCCUGUGAGAUGUGUGAAGUGGGCAGAUAUGGAGCGGGUUGUAAAUCAGUGUGUACUUGCAGAAAUGGAAUCUGUAAUGAUGGCUUGCACGGAGAUGGGAGCUGCAAAUGUUUCCAAGGUUGGGAGGGCAUCACCUGUGAAAGAAGAAUUGGGAUUGAUUUGUGUAACAACACUUGCCACCUGAUGGCCAAUUGCAUUAAUGGCUCUGUGGAUUCCCUGCCUAUUUGCUCCUGCUCUGCUGGAUACACUGGGAAUGGAACAUAUUGCUCAGAAAUAAAUCCAUGUGUGACUGAUAAUGGUGGUUGCUCCAUAUAUGCAACAUGUAUUAAUGUUUCUGCUGGAGAGAAUACCUGCACUUGUAAGGAAGGCUAUGCUGGAGACGGGACUCUGUGCCAGGAAAUAGAUGGCUGUCUAGAGCGCAAUGGGAAUUGCCACAGCUAUGCAGAGUGCACUAAAACAGGCCCAAAUCUGGUUGCUUGUAACUGUCUUCCUGGCUACAGUGGAGAUGGUGUGCAACAAUGUGUCCCCAUCAAUCUUUGCAGUGAGAAUAAUGGAGGCUGUAGUCAAUUUGGUUUCUGCAAGUACACUGGACCUGGGACUCGAAACUGCUCCUGUGGUUGGGCCCAAGUUGGAGAUGGGUUCACUUGCAGAGGCAGCGUGUAUCAGGAGCUCCUGAGAAGCAAAGCAACAUCCGAGUUCUUUAAGCAGAUACUGGCCUUCAAAAUCAAGGAGUUAAGUGGAGAGGGGCCUUUCACCAUCUUUGUUCCACAUGCGGAUUCAAUACAAAACAGUACAACGUUCAGUGAAUGGACGAACAAAAGCCUCAUCAAAGAUUUGCUUCGCUAUCACAUAGUGAGUUGUCAGAAACUGCUGGCCAGCGAACUGGAGACACACAAGUCCAUCACGGCUUUGUCAGGACACAGAAUAAGGAUUAUGAUGAAAGAGAAUAGCGUGCAUCUAAAUGAGGAGGCAACGAUCAUCACCAGUGACAUUGUUGGCAAGAAUGGGGUGAUCCAUAUCAUUGACAAGAUUUUAAUCCCAGCAGAUUUGCAGAGUGAGAACAUUUCUUCCCAUUUAACACAGCAAAGCAUCACUGAGGUGGCAGAAGCAUAUGGCUACAAAAUCUACAGCAAACUACUGAGGGAAGCAGAACUGCUAUCUCUGGUUAACAACUCUGCUCACAGACCCUUCACCAUGCUGUGGCCUACUGAUGCUGUAUUUAAUGCCCUGCCUAAGAAGAUGCAAUCGUGGUUGUACAAUAAAGACCACAGGGACAAGCUGGCAGCCUAUCUCAAAAUGCACAUGAUUAGGGAUAUGAAGGUUGUAGCUGGUAACCUGCCACAUAUUGCUUCUGUAAGGACCAUGCAUGGAUCCACCAUCUCAUUCAGCUGCAGCAAGAGCAAUGUCGGGGAGCUCUUGGUGGACAAUGGCAAUGCUAAGAUUGUCCAGAGGCACAUGGAGUUUGAUGGGGGCAUUGCCUAUGGCAUUGAUCAGCUGUUGGAGCCCCCAAACCUGGGAUCCCGCUGUGAUGAUUUCCUCUCUGUUGAGCUUAGGGGUUCAGUUGAGAGCUGUGGUGUUUGUGGUUUCGAGCCUUCCUGUCCCGCUGGAUCAGUUGAACGGGGCAAAAGCCAGUCUUGCUUUUAUUACUUGAAUCCAUUUUCCAGGCUCUCUCCUUUUUCACACCGCAACUAUCUGUUAUCAAGACCUCAUUGGUACUCGUCAGUGUUCGAUAGCGACGGUCGCAGGUAUUCUCUUCGGAGAUCCCUGACAAAAGGGUGCAAGAGAGUCUGUUUCUCCACCAGCUGGGUACCGCAGUGCUGUGCAAACCAUUAUGGAAGAGACUGUCAUGUCUGCCCAGGAGGGCUGGAGGCUCCCUGCAGUAACCGUGGUACUUGUGAUGAUAGGAUCAAUGGAUCAGGACGAUGCAACUGCACCGAGGCUUUCAUUGGGACAGCUUGUGAACUGUGCGCGCCAGGCAGAUACGGGCCGGACUGCCAAGAGUGUAAGUGCACAGAGAAUGGGAUGUGUAAUGAAGGACUGAAUGGGGAUGGAAUCUGUUUCUGCACUGAGGAAUGGACAGGAGAGCGCUGCGAAACCAAACUAGCUGCAACACCGGUGUGUUCCCCAGCUUGCCACCCCAAUGCCUCCUGCCGAGCUGAGAAUAUCUGUGAAUGCAACUUACAUUAUGAAGGAGAUGGCAGAACUUGCACAGUGAUUGAUCAGUGCCGGGAUGACAAUGGAGGGUGCAGUGAGCAUGCCAACUGCACUCAGGUGGGUGUUCACCUCUCUUGUACCUGCCUUCUGGAUUACCAAGGAGAUGGCUACGUCUGCAGCCCCAUAGACAGGUGUGCGGAUGGCAGGAAUGGAGACUGCAGCGAGCACGCCUUGUGCAUCAGCACUGGGCCAAAUGCUCGGAAGUGUGAGUGCAAAGCAGGUUAUGUUGGCAAUGGAAUCCAGUGCCUGGAGGAAGCUGUGCCACCCACCAACCGCUGCCUGGAAGAGAAUGGGUACUGCCACCCUGAGGCCAUUUGCACUGAUCUGCACUUUCAGGACAAAACCAUUGGCGUGUUCCACCUCCAGUCACCAAGAGGGAAAUACACCUUCACCUACGUGGAGGCUGAGGCUGCCUGCAUGGCCGAAGAUGCUGCUUUGGCCACUCUCCAGCAGCUCUCGGCAGCUCAGCAGAUGGGUUUCCAUCUGUGCUUAGUUGGUUGGCUCAGUAAUGGUACCGCAGGAUACCCGACCGUGUACCCGACUGCCAGCUGUGGCUCCAACCACGUUGGCAUUGUGGAUUAUGGCUCCCGAAAAAACCUGACUGAGAGGUGGGAUGCUUUCUGCUACAGAGCUAAAGAUGUGAGGUGUAAUUGUAGAGAUGGUUUCAUUGGAGAUGGCUACUCCUGCAGUGGAAAUCUCCUGGCUGUGCUGGCUGAGCACUCCAACUUUUCAACCUUCUAUUCCAUGUUACUGGAUUACACCAACACCACGCAAGAUGGACUUGAGUUCCUCAACUUCCUCUCCAAUGACACCGCAUAUAAAACUCUCUUUGUACCCUUGAAUUCUGGCUUUAGGGUCAAUAUGACAUUAACAUGGGAGGAAGUGAAGCUCCAUGUCUCCCUGAGUGAUGUCUCCCUCUUGAGCUUCAAUCUCACCAACGGUACCGUUAUACCUUCCUGCUCUGGCUACAACCUUCUCAUUGCUGAUGCUCCCCUGCUGAAUAGCACUCAACCCCCUGGUUCCAAAGUGGUUAAUAAUACUCUGAUCGUACAGUGGGACAUUCUGACCUUCAAUGGAAUCAUUCAUGCCAUCGAGGAGCCACUUAGGAUGCCUGUGCAUCUGGCUCAGGUUACUAAUGCUAUGGAAUCAUCUCAUCCUGUGACCACUGGGGUAACAUCAGCUGUUGGUGUAGUGCUGCUGCUAUUAGCUGUUGCUGGAGUGUCCUAUUACUACCAAAAAAUAAAAAACCCAGGAUUCCAGUUCCACUACUUUCAGGCUGACCUGGAAGAGGAAGAGCAGGCCAGGAACCCGCCCUUAGUGUCAUUCCCAAACCCUAUCUUUGGGGACCAGAGUUUGAUGUGUGACCCAUUUGAGGACUCUUUCAGGGGGGAAGAUUUUUCAGACACCCACAGAAUUCUUGAGUAAAGCAUACACCAAGCCAAACAGAAGGGGGAAAAAACCACUGUCAUCGUCUUGCUGCAUGCUAGUGCUAAGUGGAGCUUGCCCACAGGUCCUGCACGGGGUAAGCAGAUGAAGAGUGAGCUAAUGGUUAACAUUAAACCAAACAAACUCAUCAGCUAAGAUACCUCAGUUCAACUACCCUAAGACAGAUGUACCUGCAGUUACUCUGAUUAGUGAAUGUCCUUGUUGAUGCAGUUAAGAAAAUCUUCACUGGAACAGCAAAUGUGUGACUCUAAGCUGACAGUUGGAGCUCUGCACUGAUAUUCUUCCAUAACUGUAGGAGGGGAAACUCACUGCAGACAUCUGAAGAACAUUGCUUUAAAAUAAUAGUACCAUGUGUAAAAUAUAGCCAAUACUACACAAUCAUAAUCCUCCAGGAUUGAGUUACAUAUAUAAAAUAGAAUGUGGAUGGAGUGACACACAGCAUCUGAUAGCUGGAAAACAGUCUUGUCCGAAAACCUAAUGAUGCUAAGCCUUUAAAGUGGGGAGCAUGACAAACUGCUUUUUAUUCAGCUGGUAUGUUUUGCUUUAAUCAAGUGAUGACUCCUCAAACAGGCUUAGACUGAAGUCUGUGCACAUUGCACUGUUUUGUGGUUCUUCAAUAAACAGCACUUUAGAACAAGUCUCCUUGUCAGAUUCUCAGCUGUUAGCCACUGCAAUUCUAAUUGAAAGCAGAUGGUAAAUCAUUGUCAUACUAUUUUGUUUAUUUUAUUUUAAACUUCUAUAUAUGAAUGGUAAAUAACCUACCACUGAACUAGACAAUGAGCUACAGAAAGUUUAGACAAGAACUUCAACAUGCUACAUUUCAAAUUAUUCUCAAACCCACACAACAGCAAUUGCUGUGUUAAAUUUUCAGAGUCAUAGUGCAGCAUUUUGAGUAACAACCCUCCACUUAGGUUUCCUAUUUACCAACUACAUCAAAUUUGGGUGGCUAUACUAUUUGUCUUCAAAAGUCACAACUUUGGCAAAGGCACCUAGUCUAUCAAGUGGUAAAGUUCCCACCACUAGCUCCAACAUAACAUGGCAGGUGCUUCUGUUGCAGCAUAUACAUUACAAUUCCAGGGUUACAGACCACAAGUGUGCUGCACAACAGUCACAGCCCAAGACAUUACAUCACUAGAGAAUGCAGUAGUAGUCAAAUGAUAUUGCAAUGUUUAACAAGUUUUUACAUUAAUGCUCAUUAUUUUGAUGUUCAAACAAAAGUGGAAUAGUUUCAAUGUUAAAUGGCUUCUUGAGGUUGUGGUUUUGUGUUUAAACAUCCAGUCACCAGGACAGGUACCCUGUUUAUGUACUUGAGGUAUCAUGUUCCUAACUGGUUAGAGUUGCUACUCACUGCCAAAGAUAUUCUAGCACAUUCCAUUCUACCUACUGUCCUCACAGCUGCUGUAUUAACACUGUUAUGGCAUUGGAUUAUUUCACCCAUGUCCCCUAGCUGCUACAGGAUUUAAACUUGGCACAGAGCAAUAAGCCACUGGCAGUUUGUCCACUAGGCACAGAAAGCCUUCCCCUUCAAAGCCACACAUGCACCAAGAAUUCUCUGUAUAGGCACAGCUCUGAAGUGUAGCUUUUAAAAAUGAAGUUCACCUAACCUAAUGCUGUACCAUGCUAAUGUUCUCUGCCCAGAUAACUCUUGAUUGGUAAAAAUUACCUAUUUCUAUAUCUUUCCACACAACAUGAAAGAUGCUAUUUCUUGUAAUUAUAGCCACUGAUAUUUUGUUCCUCUUAUACUUCCCCUAGCUGAACAAGUCUCCUGUACCAAUACUUUGCUACAGAUUCACUAUAAAAGUGCUCCAACCUGAGCUUGACCUUUUGCUACAGUACAUAAAAAACAAGGCUCCAGCAUGAUAAACAAACACUCCAACUUUCAUUAUGCUGCAGAUUCAGUCAAUUCACAGCUCUUGAUAAGUUAUUUAGCAUUCCCCACCAACUCCUGCUUCCUCCGAAGCUGACACUACAGGGCUUGUGCUUGGGACUCUGCCCUGAUUUCUUUGAGCCCUCUUCAGUGUCUAUGCUACCCAGCUUAUUUUUAAUCUACCUACCUACCAUGCUCAAAGUAUGUUUUUCUGAAACUGAGCUGUCCCAGCCAUCCAUAUUUUGAGGGGAGGGAAAAGCCUUACUUUAAGUGUAAGUAAGUGAACUGCCUGGAUGAUUGCUAGAGCCAUAGCCAGCACCCAGUUAGCUCCGAAUAACCAAUGAAGGGUUCUGCAUAACCUUCAGCUAGAGCUCUGAAACUCACUCAUUCAGUCUAAGCCUCCCUUCUCAACUGAGGGCCACAAAAGGAUCCUACUUAUUUUCUAGUCCUCAGCAAAACCAGGGAUGUGAAGAUCCAAGAUGGUUGCUUUGUUUCAGAAAAACCUGGGAGAGCUUCAUGCACUAUAAUAAAGCAAUGAAGAGCAAACUUGUUUUGUGCUGUCACUUAAAAGGUGAAAUGCAACCACCACUGCAGUAUUCUGGAAGUUUAGUGGCUUGCAGAACACCAAGCUCUUAGGUGCAAGCAAGUGCUUCUCCUACAAUGUAUCUUACACACAGUAAAGAAAACGGUGCACUUGGCUGUGCUGCCUUACUACAAAGGGAAAAAGUAAUCUUUAGCAUCUUGCACCACAAUUUAGCCCUAACACUGAAUGGAAAUUUUCAAACAUCAAUUUCCUUUCCACAGUUUCCCACAAUCCUGCUAUGUCUGUUGCAGCCCCAUGAAUCAUUCCAAAGCUAUGCAGAAAAAAAUAUUAGAAACAAAACUUCAAAGGAAACCCGCUGCACUAGACAGAGAGCCUGCAGGGUAAACUUGUGGGAGCUGCUGCUAGCAGAAAGGACAUUAAGAAAUUUUCCAUUCUGCAGCCCAGCAUCUCCUGGAAUUCUGCUAUGUCUGGAAAGUAGAGAGCAGAGGAAUAAGAGGAACUUUCCCUUCCACUACCACCAGCCAACAUUGCCUUUGAGCAUGUCUAUUUUGGGGCCACCACCUUACUGGAAAACAAGGCCUCAGCAGAUGACAAGUCAAGUUCACAUUGUACUGGCCUAUAAAGGUGUUUAAUUUAGGGUCUCCUCUACAGACUUCUGAGGUGGAGGCACUUGCUUGUUCUGCCAAUAAAAUUGGCAGCCACAUCAUAGAGUCUGGCUGAAUUCUUCCCAGGACCUCUAAUGCCUUAUAGGCCUCAGCAAGGCAUAGCCUAAUCCAUCUAGUGAUGGGUGACUUGGUAAUGCUGAGUCCUUGUUAUUUCAGAUGGAAAGAUGGCUCUGACACACAGAUCCUGUGUAUUUUUGAAAGAUAAGAGAACCCUGAGAAACUGUUUCAUCUUCUGAGACACCUAUAUUCAGAAGAUGAAAGUGCUCCUUUUGGACCUGAUUGUUCCUCAAGCUAGAAGAUGAAUGAAGAAUGGAUGGGGUGGAGCCCUUGUCUUGUGGGCCUAUCCCUGGCCCAUGUGUCUGUGGGUUAACACCUACCAGUCCUCUAACAAAUGGGGAAUUCUGGCUCCUAGCUUCAAGUCUAGAUGGAGAUAAAUCUGUUCAUUAUCAAAAAGUUGUUCUGGAGGCUGCUCAACCACCUCUGAACCUACAUUCCAAGAUGUUCCCUUAGAGCAUUUCAGAGUCUGCCUGAAAGAGGGUUUAUAUUCUCCCCUGAGAGCACUUAAUGGAGAUGGAAGGGCGUGUUUGGAUUUUGCACCAUUUUUUGCCACUGUCUUGUCCAGCCUUUUCCCUGAAGAGGAGGCAAACCUAGCUGAACCUAGGACCCAUUUAGAAUGAGUAUCCACCUUUGAGGGAUAGAGCAGUUGAUUGAAACUGUCCCAUUACCCUCACAUCCAUCAAGGUGGAGUACGGGGAAAUUUCAGCCUGAGGGGAUACGUUUACUGGGAGGCUUGCUCUCCAAAACAAGGUUGGAUCUGUACUGUGGAUCCACCACUGUUUUGAACAUAGACUCAAAACUUCUCACCAAAAAUAAAUCAUUCUUGGGCUUUCCCUUGGCCCUGCUCAGAUUAAGAGUCAGAAAGCUCCCCUUCAGCACUGGAAGGUGAGGCAGUGGAUAGUUUUUCUUGCUCCUUUUGGGUUGUUUUUUGUUUGACUGCUUGUGGAUGUAGGUGUGCUGCUGUGACCUUCCACAAGACCUGAAACCCUCUAAAAACUGCCUUCUGAGUACUGCUCUGCCAGGGUCAGCAACUGGGAAGAGGGCUACAGCAUUCAGCAGCCACUUUGAGAUGGGGGAGGGGUGGGGCACUUGAGCCCCACAAACCUCAUGUCCUUGCAUUCCAGACUUCCCCUGGGAUGACUGGAUGAAGUCCUCCUGCUCAUGUUUCCCUCGCUGUCAGCUUGGGAAAGCAUCUUUUUACUUCACAUGGUGCUUUCAGGGGUACUUCUUCCCUUCCAAAAGAGAGGCAGAAGUGUGAGCCUGGAGGUGAUGCAGCAGAGGCUCCUGUGGUUGCAAACCCAACCCCACCCAGUCCCAGAGCAGGGAAGGAGAAAGGCAGUUAAAAGAAGGGAAAAAAAGAAAAAGAAAGAUGAGGUGGCAAGUAGGAGCCCAGGCUGGGGCCUCCAUCCACAGCCUUGCAAUUCUAAACUGCCUCUGGGGGCUGUACACCAGAAUUGUGAGAGAUGAUGCUGCGCUGCAGAGAAAGCUUAGAAUAGUCUGAAGAAAAGGCAUACAGAAAAGCAGUUAGCUACUUAAUUGCUUCUUCCACUCAGUCCCCACGCUGGAGUGUCUCUAAAUGGAAACAAACAGCAUGCCUUGAUUUUAAGCAUAGCUCAAAAAUGUCUAUUGGCAGGCAGAAAAAGAGGGUGUUAUAAAUUUAAUGGUGAAGAGGGAUGUUUAUGCUAAAGUUUGUUUUAUGGCUAUAUAAACUUCAGUCAGAUGUUACUGCCUUCUGUGUUUUGAAACUCCUUUGACAAUUGCAAGGAUGUAAACUGACUGCAUCCUUCAUGUUAGAUAUCACCACAGAGUUUAGAUUUCAUUUCAAGUGUUGUACUACCACUGCCAUUUAUCUUAAGAUAAAGUUCUUUUCUGGUUUAAUCUCUCUCAGCUUUAGACAGGUUCUCAUGGGUUAGCACUGUUAUGUUUGGGGUGUAAACAUUACAGGAGAAUGUUUUAAAACACAGGUUUCAAUGUAACAUUUCCAUAUGGUUUUAGGUUGUAUAGACCUGACGAAGCUGAAUUAUGGGCUAGCUUUGACCUGAGAUGGGUGGAGGGAGGAUUAUUAUUAAUAGCAUCCCCGUCUAGGAGCAGCUCUCAGUGCUUUCAUCAUCGUCAUAAUAUUUCCAACUACUUGAAAGAGCAGUAGUAAGAUUCCUGGCAGUAUGCAGAAGAGAUUCAGUGGUAUGAUGUGUGCAAAAUACUCUGUCAUAAAGCAGCAGCCCAGGAGUUAUGCUUCUCUGACCCUUUAGAACACCUGUGGCUCCACUCCUUCAGUUACACAGACAUUCUACACUUGUACUAAACAGAAGCCAAGGCAGAGCUAUAGCUAGAAAUCACUGUCUCCUACCCAAAGAUUUGGCAUAAAGUAAUCCCCAUCCAUUGUCAACAACACUGGUUUCAUUUUUUGGAAAAAUAUAUUUAACACAAGAUUCACCUACCUCUCCAUGCUUGAUCACAAUUUAUCCUUUGUUGCUCCCCGCCCCCACUACUGAAUCAGAAUAAUCUCUUCCACAGCCAUAGGAACGGCCUUGAUGAGUCAAGAAUACAAACAGGCCUUAUUCUAAUCUCAGGUUUUACACUGGAGGUGGUGUAACUUCACACCAGCCCAUGACUUCAGAAUAAGGCCCAAUUUGUGCAAAUACAGAGGCAUUGCUCAUCUUAUUAAGAUAUGAGCUCUAAGCUGUUUACUGUAAAAUUUAAGGUAGUGUUUUGAUUGAUUUUUCAAGCCAGUACUUUUCAGUGUUAAAAUUUUAAAGUGUUGACUUAAAUAUAUUUAAGACUAGGACAAAGAUUUUAAAUCCAUUAUAAUUUAACUUCCAUGCUUUUCAAAACAAUCCUCAGACACGGCAAAUACAUGAUUUUAAUGUCAAAGGCUGCAAAAAUGCACCUUCUAAGCAGUGUGUCAAGAUCUUAGCUUUUGAACUGUUUCUAUAACAAGUGAAGAAAAAAAGCCUCUAUAUUCAGAGACCAAAACAUUCAAAAGUUAAGUUGCCUAAAAUAUGCUUUCAGAGGUGCCGAAUAAACCUUUAAAUUUAUGAGAGAGAAGAGAGGUGUGUUUGCUUAGCACUUCAGAGAAUCAGGCCACUUCUCGCUAAGAUGCCUAACUGCAGUUACCUAAUGUCAGCUACCCAUAUUAGAAGAUUUGGGCCAGAAUUUGGGCAGGGGCUGAAGAUGGAGUUUUA